CCUACCGGUUAUUUCUCCGGCAACAAGAUGGCAGCCAUCAGAAAGGCAUGUAGCCUUGGAAGAGAAAAUUCCUUGAAUAGACUGCGUUUCAAGCUGUCUGGAUCGAAAGACAUCAUUUGUACAACAUGCAUUGCUCACUUGCAUUCUAUUUCUCAGUCAAAAAGUGGCGUUUCUUCUUCAUGUCUGUUCAAGAAAAAAGUGCCAUGUCUGUCGUUGAAUGUUCAACAUAUACACUCCAGUAACAGAAGUGAUAAGCAAGAUUAUUAUAAAGUCCUCGGUGUUGACAAAAAUGCAGAUGCCAAAGACAUUAAAAAAGCAUAUUACCAGCUUGCUAAAAAGUACCACCCAGAUGUUAGUAAGAAUGACCCAAAUGCAGCGAAGAAAUUUCAAGAAAUAUCAGAAGCUUAUGAGGUGUUAAGUGAUGACACUAAAAGAAGUCAGUAUGACACAUUUGGAAUGUCAGGCGCAAAUAUGGGCGGGGGAGGGCCUGGUGGAGGGUAUGGUGGUUUCCAAGGUUUUGAGGGCUUUAGAAGUCAGGUUGAUCCAGAGGAGUUGUUUCGCAAUAUGUUUAAGGAUUUUGGAUUUUCUGGGUUUGAAAAUCAAGACUUUGACAGUAAAUGGGGAACAGCACCUGCGACAGAGAUCCAGAUGACCCUAAACUUCCAAGAAGCUUGCCGAGGUGUUAACAAGGAAGUUGAGAUAAAUGUCACAGAGACUUGCUGGCAAUGUAAUGGGAGUAAAGCCGCACCAGGCUCCAAACCACAAAGAUGUCCGCAGUGUCACGGCACAGGAAUGGAGACUGUAAGCACUGGGCCAUUUAUGAUGCGAAGUACCUGUCGUAUGUGUGGAGGGCAGAAAACUAUUAUCAAGCAGAAAUGUAAUGUAUGUCGUGGUAAAGGGAAGACCCUCGAACGGAAGAAAGUGGUUGUUCCUGUGCCAGCAGGUAUAGAGGAUGGACAGACUGUGCGGUUGAAUGUUGGAGAACAGGAAAUCUUUGUCACAUUUAGGGUUGGCAGAAGUAGGAUAUUCCGCCGUGAAGGUGCUGAUGUUCACAGUGACGCCACAAUAACUUUAUCACAGGCCGUGCUAGGAGGUACUAUACGAGUGCCAGGAAUAUACGAUGAUAUACUUUUAAAUAUACCAGCUGGCACACAGUCACAUGACAUAAUGAAGUUAUCGGGUAAAGGUAUCAGUCGUGUGAAUAGCUACGGAUAUGGUGAUCACUACAUACAUUUCAAAAUUAAAGUUCCUUUACAUUUGACGCCAGAACAGAAAGCUCUGUUAAUGACUUACGCGGAGACGGAGAGAAAUGUUGAUGGAACCAUUAAUGGUGUUCAGGAUACAAAAGAAGGUAAGAGAGCUUUGGAAGAUAAAGAAGGUUACAUUAAGCAGAUACGUGAAGCACUACAGCAAUUGAAAGAAACUGACACUGUCAAACCUAAUAAGAGUAAAAAAUCCAAGUUCAAAGACACUAAAGAUUCCAAAAACUCCAGUCAAGACAAACCAGAAGACAGUAAUGACAAUGCUAAAAUAUGA